CCUGUUCCUAAAACUCGGGCAAAGCCGCUCGCAGCUCAAAGGCCGAGUCCAAAAUCAGAUAGCAGCCGAUAACGUCACACUCGAUCGUCCUCGGUUUUGCACUCAUCUUCAACAUCACCUGCUCGUUCGACUUUAUAAAGGCACAAAUACAACGACUGUUUCAGCUAGUUUCUUUUAUAUCCAGGUUUAGUAGUAUCUCAACCAUGUCUCGACCAGUGGCUAUCCCGCAGAUUGGCACUCGCCUCAAGAUACAGCUCAAGCUGUCAAUUACUCGUCUUCGGCAUAUACAGCAAAAGGACACCGCUCUUGCAAAGCAGCAGCGUCGUGAUAUAGCACAACUUCUCUCGAGCGAAAAGACAGAGUCUGCGAAAAUCAGAGUCGAGAAUGUGAUCCGUCAGGAGAUCAACGUGGAGCUUCUCGAGAUCCUCGAACUCUACUGUGAACUCCUGCUUGCUCGGAUAGGACUCAUCGACCAGCGCCGCGACUGCGACCCCGGCCUAGAGGAAGCCGUCAAGUCAAUCAUCUACGCCGCAGGCCGAACAGAAGUCAAGGAGCUGCAACAGGCGCGCGACAUACUGAUAGCCCGAUACGGCAAGGAAUUCGCACGCGAUGCGCUCGAGAACUCGUCGUCGGUCGUCAGUCCGCGCGUGUACAAGAAGCUGGUGAUUGAGCCACCGAGCGAAGAACUGGUCAAGCUAUAUCUCGAGGAAAUCGCGCGCACGUACAAGAUCCCUUGGAGCGGACUGAGCGAGGAAGAGCGCAAGAAGUUUCUGCCAUCGGAAGACGACGCUGCUGAUGACGACAACGACUCGCCCAGCGGCGGCGUGCCGGAGACGGCUGAGCAGCUGCAACUACCGAGCGUGGGCACGGCACCGAUCAGGGUCGCGCCGAUCUCUGCCAGUCCGGAGAAUCCGAAACCGGCGGUGACGUAUCAGGGAAAGAAUGUCAAUAAAGCACUCGCGGCACCGAAGAAGGAUGCGGUGCCUGAUUUGGAUGAGCUGUCGAGACGGUUUGCGGCGCUGAAACGCUGAGGAGAUGAAGAGUUUUGGAUUACAGAGACUAGUUUUAUCACAAUGCGCUAGUUGUAUUGUCAUAUAUACAUAGUCUAAAAUCAAC